AUGCACGCCAAGCUGACAGAAGAAGUUGUUUCUAAGAAGUCUUCUGCCUUAUUGGAAUCUUUUAGCAUGGUGACAUGUUCCUUUGAGAUCCUUGCUGGAGAAAGCACUCCUGAAUUUGUGGAAAAACCUUGUCUACUGACAACACCUGAGGGAGACAAAGUAAUAUUCUGAGCUAAAGUUAAAAGUAAACCAAAGCCUAAUGUAAUACGGAAAAGGGAGAAUGGGCAGUCCUUCGUUUACAAGUCUGCCAGCCAGGAUGAUACAGAUAACUACAAGUGUAUGGUGUCCAAUACUCAAGCUGAUGCUAUCUACACGGUAUCCUUGAUCACAAGUAAAGGUGCAAGCAGUGCUUGUUAUGAGGAAGAGCCUUUGUAUUCCCUGAGAAAAAAUGAUAUGAAGUAUAUGGGAAUGAACUAUAUGCUGUGCAUCACCGGUGUGAAUGGGAAAGACCUAGGCAUGUACAGUCCUCUUGUGGCUGAACUGAAACUGCUGGAAGUGACUGAAAGACAGACAGUACUGUUUGAAAUCCACCUGCCAAAGAAAGUUCAAAAGUUCAGUUAGAAGUUUAAUGGGAAAGAGUAGAAGUGGCACAAUAAGUAUGACAUGAUCACAUCUGAUGAUGGAUUGGCCCACACUGUAAAAACAAAGGGUGUUCAGUCCAGUGACUGGGUUCCAAUUCAGUUUGUCAGCAAUCUUAAGAACACCCAAGUGAAAAAGAAGGGACAGGCCUGCCUGGAGUAUGUGCUGAAUUCUGAAGAUGUCACCCUGAAGGGGAUGAAGAAUGGACGAGUGAUUGAGAGGUCUCCUAAGAACAGCAUGAAGCAAAGAGAGCAGAGUUUAUCUAUCAUUAAUGCUGCUGAGCUGAGCGACUCAGGAGAUUGCACAGUGAACAUAGCCACGCAAGACAGUGACCCUAAUGAGUAGUACAGCAGUGCCAGUGUAACUGUGGAAGAGACAUUGGGAACCAUGAAGAAUGUAUGUGACAUUCAUGAUCUCACCGGGGAUCCUGUCGAGCUCUGUGUUGUCCUGAGUGAUGUGAAAGUGGAAUAAAUAUGGCUCAGGGAUGCCAUCUUGGAGCAGGAGCCUCUGAUCAGAGGAUUCAGGGACAGGGUUGGAAAUGGUGUAUGUUGCAGUGUUGACUGUUUUCUGCCUCAAUCUCCUUGUCAGAUUACAGACACGAAAAGGAUGUGGAGAGUGAAGCAGGGAGCCAUCCACAAAUUCAUCACUGACAGCAAGGGAGAGGAGUGUGAAAGGAGGUAGACAUUCAGAGCCAGGGGGGCAGAGAGCAGAGCAACAGUUGCCGUUGGAGAUUUAAUUUUCUUCUGUGUAGAGCCUCUGAGACAGGUGUCUCAGCCUGAAGGUGUAGAUGCCAGGAAAGAGGCUGUCGCCAUCACUUGGAACUCCCCAGCUCAGGAUGGAGUCUCCCCUGUGCAAGGUUUUAUCAUAGAAAAAAGGAAGAAGGGCAGCAAACUUUGUAUCCCAAUCACCAAGGAACCAGUCCAAGGUGAGACCAAGAUUAUUAUCUGUUUUGUAUUAGAGAGUUGUGUAAUUGAAACGUGUUUCUGGAUACCAGAUUCAAAGGGGGUGGUUUUCUGGAGAACACGGAAUGAGUUCUGUGUGAUAGCUGUGAACUGUCCAGGCCCUGGACUUCUCAGCGUGCCCUCAACCUCCAUUGCAAAGAAUCCCAUCAGUCCUCCAGGACUGCUGAAGGUGGUGGAUUUUUCCAACUACAGGAUUUCCUUAGCCUGGCAGGAGCCAGACCAGGGAGAUGUGUUGUCAGGAUAUAUACUAGAGAUGUCAGCUGAGGACACCAAGGAAUGGACAAAAUGCACCAAGAUCCUUAUCUCUAGUACCAUUUACACUGGGGGAGGCUUGCAGGAGAGACAAAUACUUCUGAACCUGAGCUUUCCACCUGCCCCACCUGAAAUUGUCCUGGCUAGGUUCAAUCUGACUGUGAGGCUGAAGAGCCACAUGGUGGUUUGUGCUGGGACAGCACCAUGCAUUCAUUUGUCUUGGCCAGGGCUCCCACCACCACCGGUGAGGUGGCAGAAAGAAGGCAUACCAGCAAGAAGGAGGGCAAGAACCAUUCCCAGCCUUAUCCACAGCACCAAGCAAUUUGUUUCUGAGCUGUACCAGAUCAUCCUUGAGAGCAGUUAUGGAGAAGCCCUUUACAACACUCAAAUGCAAGUUGCAGGUACGCUUAUUGAAGAAGUCUCAAACACUGUGACCCUAAAUCAUAGCUCAGAUGUAGAAGAUGACUGGCAGACUGAUGAUGGUGUCCUGAAAUGUGAUGUCAGAACCACCACAUGGUUUACAGCAUCAGAGAAUGUCUACAGCAAUAAGUACUCUGACACAAGCCUGCUCCCAGGGAGGAAAUACUUCCGAGUCAUUGCCUGCAAUCACACUGGGGACACUGACCCCGUGGAUUCAUAGGAGCAGUGGUACAUCUCCAAAGACAGAGGAAGACUCUCUGUCGUGAUGGUGCUGGCUCUGUGUUUGUGUGUGCAACAGCACAGUGCAGAGCAGCCCGGAGCGACUGUCUUCAUCAGAGUGUUUGGACUUCAAGACAAGUGUCCCAGGAAGGCCUGUGCUUCCCAUUUCAUCGCCCCACUGAAGAACCACAGCAUGAGUCAUGGCAGUGACUGUGCCUCAAGCUGUGCUUUCAUCAGCAGCCUCCACCCAACAGUGAACCUGUGGAAGGGCGAUAUUAGCAUCACAUCCCAGUCUAAGUGGUGGUUCAACUCCACAAGUAGCACCUGUCUGCUUACUAUCCCUACAACUUGCAGCUGCAAGCUGAUCAUCUGUGAAAAAAAUGAUAAAAGCAUCCUGGACACAGUGACAGAAAGUUUGCAGAAGUCAAAACUCAAGAUGUAGUUAGUGGAACUAGAUCUGCCUCAUCCAGCAUGCAGAACAGCAUUGCUGUGGCCGUGUACUUUGUCUGUUUGCGUGGCUCAGAAUGCAACUGCCCUUGGCUUCUGUAGUGGUCGGUUAAACCAAGUGGCUGAGCGGGGCUUCCUCAGCAGGGACAUUACUGAUGUUUCUGUCUUCCUUCCCUCUGAGUGGUUUUGGACAGCAGGGUACAUGUCAGAGGUGAUAUUUCUAAUGCCAUCUGCUAAUGUAUCUUAAUGGUAAUAAAAGGAGUCCAAGACUGCAGUUCUCUCUCUUACAUAUCAGGUUGCUUCCACACUGAUCAAUGAGAAUCCUGCUUCUGACAUCAGGAGGAGAUGAGCUCUGUCUCCGUGUCCCCAGAUAGCCCAGCAGGACCUCCAUGAUGAUCAACGCUUCAUUAUGUCAGCUUGUGUAUAAACAUAGAGUAAGUCAUAAAUCUGAAGUACUUCAGUCCUUGCAAUACCAAGAAAGUAAAUACAGUCUGCAGCUUUGCAAAUGAGGGAGUCACUUUGUGAAAGAGCUGGCCAUAGAAGGUAAAACUGGAGAUCCAGAAGGGUCCAGGAACUUCACUGCUCAUGACCAAGACUAGAUAAGGAAUUACAGAAUAUCUGAACCAUGGAAGGAUCAACAGAUUGACAGAUAGAUAAAUAUGCACACAUACGCAUUGGUGCUGGUUAUUUUAAUUUAGAGUGAAUUCUUCCAGGAGCCAGCUGUGGAACAAAAGCAUAACAGUGGCCAGCCACAGACACACACUCAGUCUGAGAAUAUUUUGCCACCUUUGUUCCAGCUGUAGCUAGGAAGGAGGUGUGAGGAAACAGGAUACUCCUCCCAACAGGCCUUAGUUUUUUAAAGGAAUUGUAAAAGACCAAAUUAAACAAAGAGGGAAGAAGCACCCACUUUUUCCUGCCGUUAACCCUUUUAGGCUGCUUUGAAAAGAAUUUGGUAGUAGUUCUGCCUGGUACUGAUUCUUUCUCACAUCAGGAACCACUCCACUUCAGAAGGGGAGUAUGAAGGCGUCUCUGUUAAGCCUGUGAGCAUAUCCAUUUAAUAGACUGGGAGCAAUUACACACUCUGUGUUUCUAUCCUAUAAAUCCUUGAAACCUGUUCCACUGGUGACACAUGGCCUGGUUCAGGAUUAAUGAAAAGAAGUAUCUGUGCCACUUCAUCAAACAGCUGAAGAAACUGGUAUUAGAGCUCCAACCAGAGCAAAAUGUCCAUACUAUCCUACCUUUUCCUCCUGGAAAUUUUUCUGCGGUGGGGGUGGAGAGGCACUUGGCCAUUUGUCUGGGACUUCUGGGCAGCGAGCAGCCUUCCCAGAGCAAUCCUUUGCAAGGAGCUGCCUUCUCCUUGGAAGGGUGGACAAAUGGCCAUUGUAUGUGGGACUGGCGGUAGCAGCGAGGGGCGAGCGUGCUCCUGGGCUCGCAUCCCAGGGCACCCGGGAUGUGCUGUAACAGGAGCCAGGUGCCGUCAUCGCGGUGGCGCCUGGUCACUUUGUGUUGGACGGGCUCUGUGGGGUGCAGGUGGCUGCGUUUCAGGGUUCCCCAGACAGGAGUAGUGCAGCCAGCUGUGGCAGUGUCAGGCAGCUUCAGUGGGGCGCUGGGUAGCUCCAGGGCAGAGCCACACGGCUGAUGGGCAUAACAGUGGCACAAAACUGCCUGCCACAGAGGUCCAGCUGGCUCUAUACUCCAUGCCGAAACUGUCACAGGAACAGAAAACGAGCAAGAAGACAUUGUAUCUGCACAGUAAAAAUACCCAGUAAAUUAAUAUUUUUAAUUGCUGUUACACACCGAAGAAAUGAGGAAAAAAAGUACAUUCCAAACAUAGAAUUAAAAUAGUAAAAUCAGCAUAAAAAUAUGUUAAGAAAAGAUCCCAGAUCAAGUGGCCAUACUGCAUGUGGUGACCUUUACAAUCACGGCAGAGGAAGUAAGUGCUAGUGACUUUCAGACGUGGCAAAAUGCUUGACUCCCCAGGGGAGAGCAGCUGCUUCAUUCAGAUCUUUCAGUGCACUCUGCCCGGAAUGCGUGGAGGGGCUGGAGCGAGAGGCUCGCGCGGGUACAAGACACAAAGAUUGGUGUUCAGGACAGACCAGCCAGCCUGCAGUCUCAGCCAGGCAGAACUACUGCUUACACAAUGGUAUUUGCUUUUUCCUUCCUUGUUUGGUUGGUUCGUUUGGGGUUUCUUGGGAUUUUUAUUUAACAAAGCAUCCAGUUCUGCUGGCCUGACCCUGCCCGCACUGUAGGCUCCGAGGUGGAUUAGGAGCAAGGCCUGCUCCAGCAGGAGCCUGCACAUGCGAGGUCCAGAUACGUGUGUCUGUGCUGAUUCAGCACUGUCACCCAACAGGCUGGCUUUGCUUUCUUGCUUUUUAGCUGUCAGGAAAAGUUUACUUCCCGAUGCUCUGUCUUUUGACUGAUCCGAAUCGGCCCAGUCGUGCUCCCACUGCAGCCUCAGUGGCUUGGCCCCAGCACCCCUCUUAUAUGAGACUGGCCUUGUGCCUCGGCCUCACUGCUGAGCUGUCACACCACUCCAGUAGCUCAUCCUACAGCAGCAUAGUGUCACCACAGAAACAAUACAAGCCACAGAAGUUUUGGCAAUCCUGCCAACUGGCCACCUUUUUUCAUUUGUAGUCUAUCUAGAGUUGUACAUUUUUAUUCUUUACAAUAAGAGCAAAAAUAAAAUAACAUUAAGAAAAUUUCCUCCAAACUAAGAAAACUAAAACCCAUCAAACAUUUUAAAGAAACCAUAAAAAUUUGCAUUGUGUUUGCUUCUGAGUUCAUAUUAAGAUAAGAUUUUACUGCAGCUGCUUCAGAAUUAUGGUCCAUUUCACAUGUUCACAGCUCACCUUCCUUGGUGUGUAAUUCCUUGCCUUCAUUUGUGUUUGUACAGCAGCUAGUUCUACCAGAACUAAGUAGUUUCUAGCUGUGGUCCAGAUUUGAAAUCAGUGAACCAUGUCAUUUUUAUACUACUUGAGAACAUGGUGAUGGUUCAGAGCUGUAUUUCUAGAUGAACUUUUGUUCUGGGCCCUAGGACUGGUAGUACAAGCACAUCCUUUGCUA